GGGCAAGGGAGGUCACUCUAAUCCAAGCACGUUUUUCCCGUGAAUGCAAGUCAGGCCAUGCGUGUGCCUAAAACUUCGUCAAUCAGUCUAAGUAAGUAUGACAAAUGAAUGGUGUCAUUGAGAGGCAAAGCAAGUCACAUGUACAGCAAUUACUAAGUCACGUGGAAUAAAGUGAAUGAAGCCAAAGAAGACGUUUGUGUUUAUGAAGUUAUAUCUGCAUUGACGAAGUUAGGUGCCACUGCAUAGAAAAACUAGACAUGAGUGAGAAGGAAGCACUGUACACUGAAGGUGCAGAAAGUAAGGACGAAGAAGUUAGAAGUGAGUCUGGUAUUUCUGUACUUAGAAGAAGUGAAAGAAAGACAGAAAUGACAGAAAAAGGAAAGAAUUAUUGGAAAAGUGUGCUUCUAGAUAAUAUCAAGAGAAUUAUAAGAACUAUGAACACUCUUCAGAGCCAAAUUAAGACUGAAAUUUCCAAAGACUGUAACCAGGAGAUUGUAAGAAAAUCAUACAAGGAAUGGCUAGCUGUCUAUGACAAUCUGUUUGAAGAAAGGGACAAUUAUGUCAGCAUGUUGACAGAUGAUGAACUGGCAGCGUUUGAAGUAGGGUUGUGGAGUGAAACAGUAAGCAGUGCUUCAUAUUUCAAGUCACAAGUUGAAGAUUGGUCCUCUAUGAAGUCAAGUGAACAUCUUCCAUCUGUAUCUGGAAAAUCAAGGGGUUCAUCUGUGAUGAGUGCUCUUUCUUCUGCUAAGAUGAAGGAAAGACAAGCUAGAGCAGAGCUAGAAGCACAAGAGGAAUCACUUAAGAAAAAACAUGAACUCCAGAUGGCACAAUUGAAGUUAAAGUUGCAAGAAGAAGAAUUAGAUUUACAAACUAAAAUUGCAAUUGUUGAAGCCAAGACAAAGAUAAUAGAGGAAGAAAUGGCGAAUGCAAAAUUAAGUGAGGAAGGGUCAAGCUGUCAUUCGGAAAUACAAAGUAAAAUAAACAAGGAUUUAAAUCUUACUUCACAAGUAUUCAUGCAGACUGAUCAUAGGAGUCAUGGAGUAGGUACCACUGAUGUCCCAAUUUCAAAACAAGAUUUGAUGAGAAAUGUAAAGGGGAAUUCCAUAAGGGGAACUCCUACAUGUAGGUAUGAUGAACAAGGUCAAAGCUCAGGUGAAAUUAUUAUGCAAAUGGUGAAGCAAAUGCGGAAACCACCUCCGGAUAUCAAGCCGUUCGCUGGUGAUCCCUUGCAAUACAGGAAGUUUUUUGAGGCAGUUCAAGUCAAAGAUAGUAAUCAAUUCUGA